AUGCAGGCCGACUCCUCCCCUUCCUCCCGCCGCCGCCCCCGUCUCGACUCCUCAUCCGGCUCCUCCUUCUCCGCCUCGUCCCCGCCGUUCCAGCCUCUCAAGCGGCCCAGGUUCGCCGCCGCCUCUGCCGAAGCGAUGCAGGCCAUGAGCGCCAAGGCCAGAGGCAAGGCCCACGACACCAUCGACCUCACGCGGUCCUCGGCCUUCCAGCCGCACAACGGGGCCAAGAGGAUCGUCAUCAAGAACCUGCGGCAGCCCGGCGCCGCCCGCGAGGCGCAGGUCCGCGAGUACUACGCCGAGACGGAGAAAAUACUGGACGACAUGCUGACCGUGGUGCUGGCGGGCGGGAAGCCCCCCGUGCCCCUCGAGCGGCUCUACCGGGGCGUCGAGGACCACUGCAGGAACGGGAACGCGGGAAAGAUCCAUCUGGUGCUGAGGGACCGCGUGGACUCGCACGUGUCCCGCGUCAUCCUCCCCAGGGUGCAGCGGAGCGGCGAGGGGUCGAACCUGAGCAUGGCGAAGCAGCUGUUGGACGAAUGGCACCUUUUCAACGCUCAGAUUAAACUCAUCCGCUCUAUAUUCAGUUUUCUUGACCGGACAUACCUCCUGCGCGAGAAAAAGACAGCUAUCAAUGACAUGGCCAUUACCUUCUUCCGCAAGAUGGCUUUCCCCUCCAACUCGGAAAUCUACGAGACGGCCCCAGGAAAGAAACUUGUUCUGGGCAUGUGUGAGCUGAUCGAGCACGACCGGAGGGGGGAUGGGCUCCGAGAUGCAGAGCUUCUCAAGGGAUCGAUCCGUAUGCUUUACGUCCUGGGCGUUUACUCAAGAUCGUUUGAGCCUGUUUUCACGGCAAAGUCACAGCUUUACUUCAACGAGUUUGGCGAGUCCCACGCCUUGUCGAAUCUCAAGUCGUACAUUCAGGCGUGCGAGAAGCUGCUGCUCAAGGAGCACCACCGUUGUCUAGAGUUCCAUAUCGAGACUGUCACAGAGAAGCAGCUUAUGGAUGCUGCUCAUGUGACACUCAUCGAUAACUACACUGAUAAGCUGCUCAAUGGGGAAAGCUUCGCCAAGCUGCUCUCCAGCGAAGAUGUUGAGUCCGUCAAAGUACUGUAUGGACUGUUGCGGCAUUCGCGGAUCCAAAAGAAGCUCAAGGAUCCCUGGGUCGAGUACAUCAAGGCUACGGUGGCAGAAAUUGUGGCAGACAAGGAUCGCGGCGACGAGAUGGUCCUUCGGUUGUUGAUCCUCAGACGGUCGCUGGACGUUAUGAUCCGGGACGCCUUCGGGAAGGAUGAUGAGUUCCUCUGGGCGAUGCGGGACGCCUUUGGCAAGACGAUGAACGACUCCAAGGUCUCUGCCUGCUGGGGCUCGGGAACGUCCAAGAUUGGGGAGAUGAUUGCCAAGCAUAUCGACCUUCUGCUACGCGGCGGCCUCAAAAGCCUGCCUCCGGCACUAUUCUCGGAUGCCAAGGAUCGCGCAGCGGCACAGAAGGAAGGUAUAUCAAGCACUGCCGAUGAGGAUGCUGAGCUCGACCGGCAGCUCAAUCAGUCGCUGGAGCUGGUUCGCUUCAUUGAAGGGAAGGAUACAUUCGAAGCUUUCUACAAGAAGGAUCUCGCUCGGCGGUUACUGAUGGGUCGUAGCGCUAGCCAGGACGCCGAGCGGAACAUGCUGGCGAAGCUGCGCUCCGAGGUAGGGUCCGAAAUCACACACAAGCUCGAGCAGAUGUUCAAGGAUCAAGAGAUUGCCAGGGAUGAGAUGAGCGCGUAUAACCAAUGGUGUGCGGCCAACGCCAGCCGGAGGUCGCCCGUCGAUCUACACGUCAUGGUCCUCUCGGCUGCUGCUUGGCCAACCUACCCAGACGUGAAUCUGCACCUGCCAGACGAGGUGGCCCGGCAAUCGGAGAGGUUCGACACAUUCUACAAGAGCAUGCACACCGGUCGAACCCUCACGUGGAAGCACUCGCUGGCACACUGCUCCCUCAAGGCCAAGUUCCCCAAGGGCCAGAAGGAGCUCCUCGUCUCGGCCUACCAGGCCGUCGUCCUCCUCCUGUUCAACUCGGUGGACGCGCCGGACGGGUUCCUCGGGUACGAGCAGAUAUCCAGGGCCACCGGCCUCAAGGGGGGCGACCUGGACCGCACCCUGCAGUCCCUGGCGUGCGGCAAGGCGCGCGUGCUGAAGAAGCACCCGAUGAGCCGCGAGGUCAAGCCGGCCGACACCUUCACCUUCAACCGGGCCUUUGCGCACCCCAACGUCAAGGUCAAGAUCAACCAGAUCCAGCUCAAGGAGACAAAGGAGGAGAACAAGGCCACGCACGAGCGGGUCGCCCAGGACCGCCGCUUCGAGACCCAGGCGGCCAUUGUGCGCAUCAUGAAGAGCAGGAAGCAGAUGGGCCACGCCGAGCUGCAGGCCGAGGUGAUCAACUUGACCAAGAGCAGGGGCAGCGUGGAGCCGUCCGCCAUCAAGAGGGAGAUUGAGAGCCUAAUAGAAAAGGACUACAUUGACCGGGAAGGUAACGGCUACGUGUACCUAGCAUAG